AUGGCAGAUCCAUCAACCUGCCCGCCUCUAACACCCUCCUCCAUCAAAGGCGCCUAUACAAAGAUCCAACCCUACAUCCACAAAACCCCUCUUGUAACGAGUAGAUCCCUCAAUGCCAUUGCCUCAUCGCGCGACCCGUCCGCUUUUCUCUCCGACAACCCACCACCUUUUGAUUCUGCCGAACCAGAUGUCAACGACAAUGUCGACGCCGGGCAAUCGAGCGAUGCUCUGCCCCGCUUUCGCUUGUAUUUCAAAUGUGAGAAUUUCCAGAAGAUCGGGGCGUUCAAAGCCAGAGGCGCGUUCCACGCCGUGACGAGGCUGAUUGAGGAGUUGGGCAUUGACGAGGUGAGGAGGAGAGGGGUCGUCACGCACAGUAGUGGAAACCACGCUCAGGCCCUCGCCCUGGCGGCCUCCACAUUCGCCAUUCCCGCUUACAUCGUCAUGCCCUCGAUAUCCACCACAUCCAAAAUCGCAGGCACCCGUCUGUACACCCCGAACGUCAUCUUCAGCGGCUCCACCUCGGACGAGCGUGAAGCCGUUGUCGCAGACGUCAUCAAGGAGAAAGGCGCGAUCUUGGUCCCGCCCUAUGAUCACCCCGACAUCAUUCUGGGCCAGGGCACGGUCGGGUUGGAGAUGGAGGAGCAGCUGCGCGAACUCUCGGGCACUGGAGAACAGUCGAUGGAGGGCGACGGGGCUCGAUUUGACGCGGUCAUUACCCCCAUCGGCGGUGGCGGGCUUCUAGGCGGCACGGCCACGUUCUUCUCUUCCCAGCCCGACACCUUGGUGUUCGGCGCCGAGCCGUCCUUCCAGGGCGCCGACGAUGGCCGUCGGGGGCUCCUCCAGAACAAAAGAAUCGAGCACGUCAAGUCGCUGACCAUUGCUGAUGGUCUCCGCACCCCCGUCGGCGUGCUCAACUGGACCAUCGUCGCGGACAAGUCCAAAGUGGAGGGUCUCUACGCAGUGAGCGAAGAGGAGAUCAAGAUGACCAUGCGGCUCGUGUUUGAGCGGCUCAAGCUCGUCGUGGAGCCGAGUGGCUGCGUGCCGUUGGCGGUGGUGCUGUUCAACACCGAUUUUAGACAUAUGGUCGCCGAGAGACAGAGAGUCUCGAGGGAAAAACACGGAGGAGCCGACAAGGCAUACUGGGAUGUCGGCGCGGUGUUCAGCGGCGGGAAUACAACCAUGAAGGCGAUCGCGACGCUGUAUGGCGAGGGGAAGGGAGCAAAAGCGGAAAGAGAGGCGGGAACAAUCAGCGUAGACGGGACAAAGAAGGUCGAGGAUGUUGCGGGAUGA